AGAAGUUAACUGACGUCAAGCAGGCCUUAGUAUACCUUUAGCGUCUUGUCAACAGAGACACAUCAUGUGAGAGAGGAGACAGACUGGAACUACGUCGCAUUUCACACUGGGAACCCAUUUGGACUACAGGAACAGCAGAAGGAUUGUUUUUAGCGGCUUCAGGGCUACGAUGUCGCCUUGAAAUAGGCCACACCAUCCCUUCGUUUUAAACAUAUUAAAUUGUUUUUGCUUUUGUACAAAUCAUGUAUGUGGGAUACCUUCUGGAUAAAGAAAGCGGCAUGUAUCACCAGGGGCCAGUCAGAAGAUCGAGCAUCAAUCUACCUCCACAGAACUUUGUUUCCACACCACAGUACCCCGACUUUACCGGAUACCAUCAUGUGCCAAACAUGGACACGCACGCACAGUCUACGGGAAGCUGGGGACCUACGUAUGGAGCUCCACGAGAGGACUGGGGUGCAUACAGUCUGGGACCCCCUAAUACUAUUCCUACAACCAUGAACAACUCCUCUCCUGCACAGGUUCCCUACUGCUCCUCAGAGUACUCGCAUAUGCAUCCUCCAGGCUCUGCGGUAUUACAGCCGCCGCCCGAGAAUGUUACUGUUGCACAACUUUCUCCUGAUAGAGAAAGGCGCAAUUCAUUCCAGUGGAUGAGCAAAACUGCACAAUCAUCUUCCACGGGUAAAACCAGGACGAAGGAGAAGUACAGGGUAGUCUAUACAGAUCAUCAGAGGCUGGAGCUGGAGAAGGAGUUUCAUUUCAACAGAUACAUCACAAUCAGGAGGAAAUCUGAACUGGCUGUUAACCUCGGCCUUUCUGAAAGACAGGUGAAGAUCUGGUUCCAGAACCGCAGGGCUAAAGAGCGGAAGAUGAUCAAGAAGAAGCUGGGUCAGUCCGACGGCAGCGGGGGCUCGGUGCAUAGUGACCCCGGCUCAGUGAGCCCUCUGCCGGUGCAGGGCUCUCUUUCUCCCUCAGACAUCCAUGGCUCUCUGUACCCUCCUCAGGGCAUGAACACGUUGCCAUCUAUCAGGAAUAUACAGCAGGUGACAGUGACUCAGUGAAACAUGCACCCUGUGGACCACCUCACAAAAAUGAGCACUCCGACACGCGGACAGGACACCUGAACUGACGUCAUGACGCACACAGCUGUGGAUGAACUUAUGAUUUAUAGCAACAAAAUGCUGGAGGCUCUUCAAAUAUUGCUUUUUUUUAUAGAAUAGUUCUAAUAACGUGGGAUUUAAAAUGAAAAUAUCGACGUGUUUCAAACUUAAAGCUUUAAAUUGUUUGUGAGUUAAUAAGAUAUAAAUAUCAUUUUUGUAUGAGAUGAAGUGUAUGUGAAUAAAAUGAGAACUCAGGGACAUUAUUAUGAAGUUCUUAAGUAGAUGUAUGUCUAUCCUGCCACUCAGGACAAACUGCUUUUACUUGACAAAUCAUUCACUCAUUUGUCUGCACAAUUUUACCUCUUUGGCCGCCUAAGAACAGUGAACAGCUGUUAAUGAUACGGGUACAAAUGUCGUUUGAUGGCAACUCUAAAUGUAAAUAAAAAGUUUG